GUCAGGCUGGGUUUCCUGCUUAGACUGCAGGCAGGUGGAUGCUGAUGCUUCGGAAACGCUAGCUUGUUCAGGCGAUGAUGAGGUGGUGAAGCAUUGUUUUAACAAGUGCAGUUUGCGUUUCUCCUAACAAGUUUAUUAUUAGCGUACGGCGUUUUUGUGCAGAAAUGACGACUACCACGACAUUUCAGGGGAUGGAGCCCGGUGCUAAAAGCAGUUCCAGGGUUUUGCGCCCUCCUGGUGGCGGCUCCAACAUUUCUCUUGGGGCGGAUGGGGAGAAGCCUCCCGUCAGGAAAAACAAGAUGGCCUCCAGUGUGUUCGCAGAGCCGGAGGACCCUUACGCCAAUCGAAGGAACAACCCACCAGGAGGGAAACCCACAGGUGUUCUGUGCGGAGAGCCGUCAGCCCCCCUGAGAAGAGGCAUCAAUCAUGCCGUCAAUCACGUUGGAGAGGCUCCUGCCAUAGAUGGAGAUAAUUCUGUGUGUGGUAAUGAAAACAUCGCAGCAGAACCAAAUCUGGCUCCAGAGACGCAGGAGGAGCCCCCGCAGGCUGAGGAUGCCGCUGCAGGUGGACCACCUGGCCGCCGAAAUCCCCCAGGGGGCAAGUCCAGCCUCAUCUUGGGUUGACCACACAUCUCCUUCUCCUAACCUCCUCUCAUCCCGGAACUCAUCUGUUUGGUUUUCUCUUAAAAACAAAAAUCGGCUCAUACUUCAGGAACCAUCUAAAGUCCAGCAGACACCCUCCUCCUCCUCCAUAUCCCCAAGUGCAUUGUUUUGAUACCUGUUUUUGGAAAGCUGUUUUUGUACUGUUUUUAUUGUUUAUUUUAACAGAAGCACUUUAUGUACUCCUAUUUUUAUGGUUGGAAGGCGGCCUUUGCCCCUGAAAUUAGCGCAGCCAUAAAGGUGCAAGGCUCAUAUUUCUUACAGCAGCCCGUCAUAAAUCUCCUCAAAUGUUACUUCAGCAGCACAAGCUCUGGGCAAUUAGAUCAUAUGUUUGAAGAACAUAACAAAAACUGCUGUUUGUACUAUAUAUUUUUUUUCCUUCCUUCCUGUCUUGCAUGCUUUUCUGGUCUGUAUGAAUGUGAGGAAAACUUUACUGUGAAGAUUUUUAAUAAUAAUUUUACCUCUUCUAAGUUUUUCUUGAAUUAGUGAAAUUAUUGUUGUAUGGUUGUUGCAUGAAAUUGAAGUCUUAGUACUGAAUCUAGUAUUAAUACCACACUGAAGCCACAUACAUUUUAUUCUAAAAGAUGUAGGAGGUACUUUUCAUCCCAUGAAUUUAAAUGGCAGCCACUAACCGUAGGUUAUUGUAGCCCCACUGUUCCAUGUCUUACAUGGAAGUUCACUCUGAACUGCGCCACAAUGCUAGCUAAAACUAGCUGAAACACCCAGAUUUGUUGAUGUUCUUGGUCCUGACUUCUAAGUGUAUCUUAGAUUUGAAAAGUGACCUUAUGACAGCCCAGCCUUCCUUUCACCCCUUUUCAUUUUUCCUGCUCAGUGGAAGUUUAGAACAAUCGUUUUGUACAUUUCACUUAACAGUAUUCAGUCCAUACUACCUGUGUACAUGACUGCUGUGUCCACCAGCUGUCAUUCAAUAAAAAACAACAACCAAACAUUUUAGGUAAAUGAUGUUUUUCCUGUGAUGUGUUUACUUUGAUCAUUUCUCAUGUGGGACAUGUCUGUUUGCAUCCUAAACAAACUGGUCAUGCUGGAGGAUGUAAGUCACUGCAGAAAUCUGAAAUGAAGAAAUGGCACAAGUGGAACUGAACAUUAAAGAUCAGUUUUGACCAUGAA